AUGGCGCUCUUUUCCAAACGACUGGCUUGCUUUUGCUGCGGGUAUCGCUCUAACAAGCCGAUCCAGGCAGUUCCUGGCGGCAUUCGAAAAUUCCACUGCGAUCAUUGCGAGGCGGAUAAUUACAUCGACCAGAACGGAGAGAUUACAGACCCCCCCACUGCUGAGACCAACCCACACCCUUACGGAAGCGAUGCGCAGAGCCCCCGCUUUGAGUCGAUUGGCUUCGAACAAUCGGACCUGUUUUGCUCUCGAUGUGUUCGCAACCAACACCUUCUUACCCACGCCCUUGCCGCCUACCAACCUCCUUCAGACGACCCUUCCUUGGAUCACGAAAGCCACUAUGUUCAGUAUCAGAAAAGCCAGGAAUCCCUGUACCCCCAAGUUUGCGACAAGUGCGAGCCUCGAGUGAGACAGCGCAUCAAGCAGGCUGGGUACGAAGCAAAGGCAGAUCACCUUCGUCGCAUGAUGGACCAAACGCGCGCUGGAAAGACCGCGCGCCAGGCACGCAACCGUAGCUGGCAGAGUCUCCUGGUCUAUAUCGGUGCUCUGUUUUUCUGGGCAAGUAUUGCUGGACAACUUGCUUGGUCUACGAUUGGUGGUCUCACGGCCCCGUCAACCUCGUUCGAAGAUAGCGACAUUCCCCUGGAUUCACCCCUCCACUUCGCUUCUUGUGUACACCGAGUCUUUGUGUCUGGCAAAUUCCCAACCGAUUGCGCCUUCGAUCUGUCGCCCGCUGCAGGCCAUGCGCUUGUCGCAGGAUUUCUUUCUCUCUGGUGGAACCCCAAGUUGCGCAUGAAGAUUGAAGGUCGGUCUGGCCGCUUCAAGGGCCUGACCGAGUACUAUGAAGUUCAAUUUAUUGCUUUGGUGGUACGAUGCGUGUUCUGGUCCCUGCUCAAGGAUCCCUCUGCAAGUGGCAUUGAGGCAACCUUGCCUGCGGCUUUGCACAUGUUUAUGAUUAUCUUCACCAUCUUGUCUGUCUGCAUCUCCCGGCGUGCUGUCAAAUUCGAUAUUCGUCCUUUGGUGAACUGGUCGGACAACUCGUGGGAGAAAAAACCGCUACGAAGCACCGAAACUUCCCCUGUGUCCACUGCUCGUGCCAGUCCAGUCCAGUUCACGCCGACUGCGAACAACAAUCAGAUUCGUCAGCGGUUCCCCUUCGACAAACUCGCUGGUCCUCGACCAGCCGUGGAGAGCUCCCCAGCGAUUCCUCCUACACCUCCUCCCGAAUCCGACGAUAUGGACUGGACACCAACCAAAGCCCCCCAGGAGAUUCAACCGAGAGUCAGCGUCUACCAACGCAACCGUCCAUCGUCGUUCGAGGGACCAUCUCCAUUCCACGGCAGUCUCCCGGCCGCUCCUCAGCCACCCGCAUGGAAACUUCGCCAAACCCCCGUCCGGCAUACUGAGCAAAUUGUUGAUCCCAAUCCUUUCCACCGGAGCCCACCGCAACAGACCCCAUGGCAGCACCAUUCCGCCAGUCCCGAACCCGUUUUCCGACCUCCUCGAUUCUUCCCUUCAAGUGACCACGAUACUGCGACGGGCCUGGAAACUCUUUUCGACAAUGCCUUUGACCUUGGCUCCGACAAAGCCCCUCGAGAUGAUUGGAAUCAGCCAACCCAGGAACGAAAAUCCUACAAGCCCAACACCCCGCGCCAAAUCAUCUUCCUGUACCUUCGGUUGAUUCUCUUGCUGGCCUCCAUCGUCGUGUGGGUCUUCUCCCAAAACCACCAGCUGGGGAUCCCCGGAAACUACAUCGAGACAUGCGCACUCGGAAGUGCCAGCUUGAUCUCCGGAUUUGCUCUCUUGGAAGUCGUCAAGCGGCCGCUGGUUCAUUGGAAUGGCAUGGAAAUCCUGGUUUUGAUCACCGAGCUUGGUGCAGCUGUCCACCUGGGUGCACAUCUUCCGCAGGAGUCUUUCGAGCGAGAGUAUUUCGAUCGAUAUGGCAAGCUGCUACUGGCAUUCAUGGCCAUUCAAGAGGCGCUGAACUUGUUCUCCUUCUAUCGCGAUGAGUGGGUCGCUCACCAAAAUCCGGAGAACAAGCAUCGAGCACGCUCUCCUUCUCCCAAGUAUGGACAGGCGUCGCAACAUGCGAUUGCCUGGUCCCCUACUGGGUCGUCGGCCAGUAGCCCGACGAUCCCCCAAGCAGACGGCCACCCCCUGUCCUCUUUCCCGUCCUUCCAGCCUGGCGCAGCCAGUAUCUCCUCCGCUCUGCCUUCCGUGCCAAAGCACGGAAUGGCUUCGUCGACCUUCGGAUCUUUCCCGGCGAGCGUGGCCUCGACGGGCCACGCUCGCCACAGCUUCACGAUGGACUCGCUUCGGGCCCGCGAGCAAUUGUCUGACUACGAACAAGAGUCAGACAGCGAGACCAUCUCCACCGAAGCUGAUACCCUGCCGGAUACCACCAACUUCAAUAUCCGGUAUGGGCACAGCGUCGGUGGAGAUGGUCCUCCUUCUGCCCGCCGCGGCCCUUACUCGCCCCGACGCAACGAUCUUGGCCCUGGAUUGGGCGGUCUCAGCCUCGAAGAUCGCCCAACUCCUCGACGGAUGACGCGCAGCCAGACGCAACAGUCUGCGCUGACGCCCGGCCGUCGUUUCCCUAGCCGGGUGGUGUUUUGA